AUUGAAAUUGUCCGGCAUCUUGAGAAAGCCUCUCGUCGUGUGAAAAAGCAAAAAUAAUCGCCGCAAAACUGGCUAAAAAGUGCAAAAUAGUGACAUUAGAACCUGUAAUUACCAUUUUAUCCUAAAACUAUAAGUUGGAAUCUGUCGAACGAAAGAGACGAACGUUGAGAUUUUUUGCUUAAAAAUUUUUACGAAUUUUUCAGUCCGAGUGAACGAGCUUGUAGCGUGAAAUUCGAUAGAAAGAGAAAAAACGCCCCGAGAAUUGAAAAUAAAGAAAAAAAAAGAAUAUUGUGGUGAAGCGAGUGUUCUUUUAAAUUGUAUCUGCAGGUAUUUGACGAGUAAUUAUUUCAGUGUCAAAAAUGUCGUCUUAUAUCCUUGUCGUUGAACACGAACGAGAUGAUCCCUUGGAGUUGCCAUGCGAAAACGAUGGAAGCUUGUUGCUUUCGACUUUGCAAGGGCAAUAUCCAACAGCUACUGGAUUAAAAUACAAGAAUCCCGAAACAGGAGCUUAUCGUGCAAUUCGUUUAGCUGAUGGAAAACUUUUCCCUCCAACUGAUGGCGGAUGGGGAAAUGCAAAAUUUGUUGCUGUAUUUCCGAAGCCAACUGCCGAUUCAAAGCGCAAAGUUGAUGAUUACGAAGAUCACGUUCCCGCAGCAAAGACAAAAAAACUCGAUGUCAAAACUAAAUGCACUGAUUUGAUCGCUUUGGGUAUCCCAUGGAAGACAACCGACAAAUUACUCCGCGAAUAUUUCGAAAAAUUCGGAGAAGUUGUCAUGUGUCAAGUAAAAUGCGAUCAAAAGACGGGACAAUCCAAAGGUUUUGGAUUUGUUCGUUUCAAGUCGCCCGAAGUUCAGUUACGUGUUCUUGCUCAACGUCACAACAUCGAUGGUCGUUGGUGCGAAGUUCAAAUUCCGAGCUCAAAGGAAGGUAUGGUUCGUGAAAUGCCAUGCAAAGUUUUCGUUGGUCGAAUUACGGAAGAUAUGACAGCUGAUGACAUCAAGAAUUACUUUGAUUCCUUUGGCGAAGUUACUGACGUUUAUAUCCCCAAGCCAUUCCGUUCCUUUUGUUUUGUGACAUUUUUGGAGCCUGAUACUGCGGAGAAGCUUUGGGGCGAAGAUCACAUCAUCAAAGGCGUAACAGUGCAUGUGAGUGAUGCUGCUCCCAAAAAUAGCAACCAAAACAAUCAACGUAAUCAAGGAUACGGAGGUCAAGGCAACUUUGGAGGAAAUAAUGGAGGACGUUACGAUAACGGAGGUCGUAACAGCUAUGGAAACAAUCAAGGAUACUCGCGCAAGAACAAUUAUUCUAACGAUGAUCGCGGUUACGGGCGAAAUGACAACAGCAACGACUCAUGGUCCAAUCGUGGCGGAAACAAUUACGAUUCAGGAAACGGAGGAAAUAUGUCGAAUAUGCCAAAUCUCCCUCCGGCAGUUGUUGCUGCGGCAUUGAGUCAAUACAUGAUGGGAGGAAAUUUGCCCGGCGGAAACAGCAAUGACAAUGGUUACAAUUCCAAUGCACCAACUACAAACAUGAAUUCGGGAUUCAAUGGAGGCGCAGGCGACAAGGGAGGAUAUCGCAAUGACAAUUUCAACGGAAACAGCGGCGGCGGAAAGCCAUGGAACAAACCGAAAUUGGAUCGCCCUCAACAAAUGGAUGACUUCAAUUCGGCGCCACGAAUGAACAAAGGAUGGAGAUAUUAAAGACAGAUUUUUACGCAUAACGUCAUCAUCAACUCACACACUCAUAUUAAAAAAAAAGUCUCAAUUUGCAAAAUAUAUAUUUAUACACACAAAUAUAUAAGAUAAAUUCUACAACUUGACCCAAAUUUUGUACAGUCUUCAGCGUAUAAAGUUGAAGACGUAGUUCUUAGAUUUAAACUUUCAUGAUGAUGAAUUGUUUGACGGUGAAAUAAAAUAUAAGAAUAAACAAUAUUCCAAUAAUUCAACAAAAAA